AAACAAUAGCACAUCUAUCUGCUCGAUUUGAGUAGAAACCAUUAAGGUUUAAUAAACUGUUUUGGUUACUUUCAUUAAUAAACAAUGUCACUUACCUUUACAUCAGUGUGUGAAGUAUCUUUAAGACCUUAACUUUGUCCAAACUCUACUUAUCCAAUGUCAGUUACAUCGAAGCGGAAGAAAGGGUGAAGUUGAGUUCAGAGAAAUUGCAGAAGUUGGGUUGGACUUACCGUCCUUUGGAGGAAACACUUGCGGAUUCGGUAGAGAGCUACCGGAAAGCUAAGCUUGUCGACUAAAAAACUUGGAAAGAAGAACAAAAAAAAGUGUGGUGGUCAUGUUCUUGGCUCUAUAUGUUAAAGUGUUCUCAUCUGCAAUGCACAUAACACCUCUCUCUUUCAUCUUUUACUCAAUAAUAAAGAGUUGUGCACAUAUUUGGCUUUUUGUGUACUUAUCUACAAAAUGGUGUUACUUUAUAGUUUCAGACUUUCAGUAUCAAACAUUGAAGUUUCUACUUUUCUCUGUUUAUGAAUUGUUUUUGAAUGCCCGAGAUCUUAGUCCGGUUCAAUGAAGAAAUUAGUUCAUAACUCAACCAGUUAAUUAAACCGGUCCGGUAUACUAUCAAACGGGGAAAUAAACCAAGAUAUUAUAAUCGGUCUAUAUAUAAAGUUGUACUGUACUUGGACCGGAGUCGGACCUGGAUCAGAACCGGACCCAGACUCGUUUUGCGCCGCUCGGGUAAACUAGAUUUUUUCUUCUCUGUCAUAACUCCGGCGAAGUAGCGUUAGUUGAACUGAGUCAUGGCCGCGAAAGCUCCCGAUUCCGGCGGAUCUGGGGAAAUUCUCCCGAUUACUCCCUCUCUCUCCGAAACUACGUCUGGUGUCACCGCAGCUUCGCAAUCGACUCAACCGCCGUCUUCUUCUUCCGAUGUCGAUACAGUCUACGUACCUAGCUACUCUCGUUGGUUCUCGUGGACUGACAUCGACGAUUGCGAGGUCCGGUCACUACCGGAGUUCUUCAAUUCGAAAUCUUCUUCCAAAAACCCUAAGUUUUACAUAUACUUGAGGAACUCAAUCAUUAAGCAGUACAGAGACGACCAUCCUCGGAAGAUUAGUUUCACUGACGUUAGGAGAACCCUAGUCAGUGAUGUUGUCUCUAUUCGUCGCGUUUUUGAUUUUCUUGAGUAUUGGGGACUUAUCAAUCAUUCUAGCUCCUCCUCUGCUAAGCCUCUCAAGUGGGACGAAAAGUCCGCCGGAGAUGCUUCUUCUGAGCCUCCCACAACUGUCAAAGAAACUGCCAAGAGAAUCUGUAAUGGCUGCAAAUCUAUUUGCAGCGUAGCUUGUUUCGUCUGUGAUAAGUAUGAGUUGACAUUGUGUGCGAGGUGCUAUGUCCGUGGUAACUAUCGCGUUGGCAUUAACUCCACAGAGUUUAAGCGUGUUGAGCUUAGCGAGGAGUCAAAAAAAGUGUGGUCCGAAAAGGAAACGCUGCAGCUGAUGGAAGCUGUUAUGCACUAUGGAGAUGACUGGAAGAAGGUUGCAACUCAUGUUACCGGUAGAACCGAGAAGGACUGUGUGUCGCAGUUUGUCAAGCUUCCUUUUGGGGAGCAGUUUGUGAAAGAGUCUGACUCUGAGGAUUCUUUGGAGGCAUUUGAUAAGAUCAAGGGGUCUGCUGAUCUUGAAUCUGGAGGAAGUGAUAAAGAAGGUUCUUCUCCCAAUAAGCGUAUGAGAUUAACACCUCUUGCAGAUGCAAGCAACCCAAUAAUGGCUCAGGCUGCUUUUCUUUCAGCCUUGGCUGGCACAAAAGUUGCAGAAGCAGCAGCUCGAGCGGCAGUGACAGCUUUAUCUGAUGUAGACUACGAGGCUGAAAAAAAUGCCACUGGAGACCCACAUCGACAAGACGCCAAUGCUAACUCGGGUGGUGACAUUACCAACUCAGAAAGAGCUUGGGCUGAUGCAAAAUCUCUGAUCCAGAAGGAAGAGCAAGAGGUAGAAGGAGCCAUCAAAGAGAUCGUAGAAGUGGAGAUGAAGAAGAUUAGAGAUAGGAUUGUACAUUUCGAGAAACUGGAUUUGGAAAUGGAGAGAAGCCGGAAACAAUUGGAGGAUAUGAAGAACCUGCUUUUCACUGAUCAAUUAAACAUUUUCUUCCACACAAGAAAAGCCCGGAAAUCUGAAGAUAGAGUAGAUUGUUAAAACUUAAAAGUUAAAACGAACUUAAAAUUCGAAACUGUUAUUUCUUAUUCGAAUUUUGCCUUGUUAAGAAGAUGACUCAUUGACUCGUAUUGUAGUUUACUUGAGUUUUGUGAGGUAACAAAAUGAGAUGAGAUCGA